AUGGUAUCUAGAGAUAGUGUGACUCCUAACAAGGAGGAGUACACCCCCACUGAGGGUGAUACAGAGUCUCUGAGAGGAUGUACAAAAAGUAGUACACUGAUAAUUGAUAUAGGGUUGACCAUAUCUCUAAUCAUCGAUAUGAAUCUACAAUGUCCCAAACGUCAACUACACUCAUAAUAAAACAAGUAACUCUGGCAGACACAGCUCUCUACUAAUGUGCCCUGAAGGACACCCAGAAAUACAGAGUCUCUGAGAGGAUGUACAAAAAUACUACAUUGAUAAAUGACUUGUUUUAGAUUAGCUUGUUGGUCAUUUGCUGACCACAGUUCAUUAUCAUGCAGCAGAGAGUCUGUAGAUUAGAUUAUUGUGGUAACAACUGUUCUUACAGUAAGUAAAAACACAUUUAGCAUGAAAGGGGAAACUUCUAUUACAUACAAAUUAGAGAAUAUUAUCAAUAUGGAAACCAAAUAAUUUGAAAAUGCAUUUAUCUUCCUGGUUUUCAUUCACUUCAGAAGAUCCUCUGAACAAUGAGUUGUGUUGUGUUUAGAGGAGGAGCUAGUAUGAGAAUGAAAAGGAGACAGUCAAAAUGGCAUGAAGGUCUUUCCUCAGUGCAUUGUAAGCUUGUCUCUCUAACAUUAACCAUGCUGUGCUGGUUCACCUUGUUCUUUUUAACAUUUGUGAGUAAUUCAAAUACAUUUAACAGUAAUGAUAAUGUGUAAUUACUUCAUUACAAGCUUGGAAAAACAACACACCUGCAUUCAUAUCAAGCUUUGACCAGACAAAGAUAACUUUAAUUUCACGUCAGUUUUCUGCAGGUGAUAGUUGUGGGGAUGGAAUUUUCUCCAACAGUCUUGAGGAGGAUAUGAUUCAGUUCAAUUCGGAAAUUUACAUACACUUUAGCCAAAUACAUUUAAACUCAGUUUUUCACAAUUCCUGACAUUUAAUCCUAGUAAAAAUGCCCUGUCUUAAGUCAGUUAGGAUCACCACUUUAUUUUAAGAAUGUGAAAUGUCAGAAUAAUAAUUCCUGACUGAUGUCUUGAGAUGUUGCUUCUAUAUAUCCACAUCAUUUUUCUUCCUCAUGAUGCCAUCUAUUUUGUGAAGUGCACCAGUCCCUCCUGCAGCAGAGCACCCCCACAGCAUGAUGCUGCCACCCCCGGGCUUCACGGUUGGGAUGGUGUUCUUCGGCUUGCAAGCUGCCCCCUUUUUCCUACAAACAUAACGAUGGUCAUUAUGGCCAAACAGUUCUAUUUUUGUUUCAUCAGACCAGAGGACAUUUCUCCAAAAAGUACGAUCUUUGUCCACAUGUGCAGUUGCAAACUGUAGUCUGGCUUUUUUAUGGUGGUUUUGGAGCAGUGGCUUCUUCCUUGCUGAGCGGCCUUUCAGGUUAUGUCAAUAUAGGACUCGUUUUUACUGUGGAUAUAGAUACUUUUGUACCUGUUUCCUCCAGCAUCUUCACAAGGUCCUUUGCUGUUGUUCUGGGAUUGAUUUGCACUUUUUGCACCAAAGUACGUUCAUCUCUAGGAGACAGAACGCGUCUCCUUCCUGAGCGGUAUGACGGCUGCGUGGUCCCAUGGUGUUUAUACUUGCGUACUAUUAUUUGUACAGAUGAACGUGGUACCUUCAGGCGUUUGGAAAUUGCUCCCAAGGAUGAACCAGACUUGUGGAGGUCUACAAUAAUUUUUCUGAGGUCUUGGCUGAUUUCUUUUGAUUUUCCCAUGAUGUCAAGCAAAGAGGCACUGAGUUUGAAGGUAGGCCUUGAAAUACAUCCACAGGUACACCUCCAAUUGACUCAAAUUAUGUCAAUUAGCCUAUCAGAAGCUUCUAAAGCCAUGACAUCAUUUUCUGGAAUUUUCCAAGCUGUUUAAAGGCACAGUCAACUUAGUAUAUGUAAACUUCUGACCCACUGGAAUUGUGAUACAGUGAAUUAUAAGUGAAAUAAUCUGUCUGUAAACAAUUGUUGGAAAAAUUACUUGUGUCAUUGUCACGCCCUGGCUCUGGGACUCUGUUAUGUUGAGCCAGGGUGUGUGGUUUCUAUGUGUUUUGUGUGCUAGGGUGUUUAUCUAGUUCAUUUGUUUCUAUGUUGGCCGGUGUGGUUCUCAAUCAGAGGCAACGUGAAUCAGCUGUUGCUUGUUGUCUCUGAUUGGGAACCAUACUUAGGCAGCCUGUUUUCCACAGUGUGUUGUGGGAUCUUGUUCCGUGUAUGGUUAGUGUUUGUAACCAAGGACGUCACGUUAUCGGUUUGUUGUUUUGUUCGUGUGAUCAUUCAAAUUAAAAGUAUGUUCGCAUUCCACGCUGCGCCUUGGUCCUCUGUGUAUGACGAUCGUGACAGUCAUGCACAAAGUAGAUGUCCUAACCGACUUGCCAAAACUAUAGUUUGUUAACAAGAAAUUAGUGGAGUGGUUAAAAAACAAGUUUUAAUGACUCCAACCUAAGUGUAUGUAAACUUACGACUUCAACUGUACAUGGUGGCAGUGUCAAGCUUUCCUGCAACUACACAGUAUCUGGUGGAGGCAGUGUCUUAUGGUAUCACCAAUAUCCCACAUCUGCUCCCCAAUUCCUCCUCCUCAUGUCAGUGUAUUCAUCAUCUGCUGAGACAAUAGUUACUGCAGAACCACCGUAUCUCCGACUGUCAGUUAACGUUGACAAAAUGGCUGAACGUGUGGAUCUGAAGAUCUCCUCUGCUGAAGUGACAGACUCUGCUCUGUACUACUGUGCUCUGAGGCCCACAGUGACAGGAAACCCAGAGGCAGGUACAGCACUGUACAGAAUCAGGGGAUAACAAUCCUGGUUGUGAACUGUUUCAGAUAUAAUUAUUAUCUGUCAGUUCCAACUCAGGUUGACAACACCUUAACGCUUAAAGAAGUCCACAUUAUCAGUCCUUCUUCACCCCAAUCAAUACCAUUUAAAUCAACAAGAUAUACAGUAUAACUCCCUAUCUUUAGAGGGCCUCACCUCAACACCACACAAACCUCUAUUUCUCUGAGCAGGUGUCUCCUCCUCCUGACAGUGGAGGUAGUUGCAGGGCAGACAGACAGCAGCCAAACAGUACAUAUCAAAUAUCACAUCCUGCAGAUCACAGUACACUGCAUAUCACAUAUCAAACAGUACACUGCAUAUCAGACAGUUGAGAUAACCCCUGUCCUGUAGCUGCAUUUUCUGUCACAUACACCAUGAUGUUGCUCACUUCAAUCUUACUGUUUUCACCACUUGUUGGUAAGUAAGGUUUUAUGUAAAGUCAUUAACACACUGUCUGGCAUUAUUUCAUUCGUAAAUAUUGGGCUGCUUCAAAUAUAAAAUAAGAGGUUUUGAUAUUUAGUCUCAUGCUUAUUUUCGUCUCCUUCACAGGUGAUACUUUAGAGGAUGAUAUUACUCCAACCAGCCCUGAGGAGUAUUAUUUAGAGGGUAGUAGAGUUAAGCUCUCCUGUAACAGUAAAAGCAGGUAGUCUGCUGUGGUACAGACAGUACUCUGGAUCAGGUCUCCAAUUCCUUUACCUCGUAACAACUACCAAUAAUCCAUAUGACGUGAGAGGUGAUCCACAAUACUUUCGACUGUCUGUUACACUGAACAAGGAGAGAACCUGUGUGGAUCUGGAGACCUCCUCUGCUGAAGUGACAUACUCUGCUCUGUACUACUGUGCUCUGAGGACCACAGUGACAGGAAACCCAGAAACACAAAAAAAACCUGACAACAUAUACUGUAGAAAGAAAGACACAACAGAAAACAUUUCACAGUGGUGUUAAGAGGUGGGGCUGUAUAAUCAAAGAUCCAGAUGCAGCAUAUGGGAUGUUAUUGUUCAGGAAGUGGCUAGUCAGUCAGGUCUCUCAGUGAUGUCUGUCUGUCUGUAUGUCUGUUUCUCAAAGGCCUAACAAGAUGUUGCUCUUCUCAUUAGUUCUCUUUUCAGCUUGUUUAGGUGAGUUAUUAUAUGGUUGAAUCCUUGCUCUCAUCUGUGAAUUUAAUCUUACUGUGAAUGAAGAAUAUAUUUUAAUCAAAACACUUAUCUUAGUACAAUAAUAUCGUAGAUGUUAAUAUUAUAUUUUUAACAGUUAUGGAACAUUUGUUAAACGUCAGUUACAACUACAAUUUUUACUGUUACAUUUUUUGCAGGAAACAGUUUUGGGGAUUCAAUAAACCCUGCGACAACUAAAGAGCUUGUUCAGGAGGGAAGGAAUGUCCAUCUCUCCUGCAAACAUGAUGGCACUGUCUACAAUCUACAGUCGUACCGCCAAUAUCCCAGAUCCAAACCAGAAUUCCUCCUGUACAUCACAUCAGAGGGGUAUAUAUUUAAAGCUACUCCCCCACAUCCUCGUCUGACAGUUACCAUCGACAAAGUGGACAAACGUGUGGAUCUGAAGAUCUCCUCUGCUGAAGUGACAGACUCUGCUCUGUACUACUGUGCCAUGGCGCCCACAGUGAGAGGAAACCCAGACACACUGUACAAAAACCUGUCAAGUCCCUUGGGAAGAAACCAAUGAGAAGAGGAGGAGCUACAGUAAGCGGAAAUUAAGUAAGAUACGUCAAGGCAACAGAGGAGUAAAUAUUCAGAGAUAGCCAAGAUUAUGUUUCUGUAUGCAAUGCUGCUGCUAUGCACAUUUGUAGGUAAGUGACACUUAACUGAUAAGUAUGCUUAAAAAAAGUAUAUUAUGUUUUAUAUUACAUUUUCUUUUCAUUAACAUAUGUACUACAACUACACUUUUAAAAAAAAUACAGAUUACAGUUUUGAGAAUGCUAUUGCUCAUUUGAGAAAUUAAGGGCAUGUCUUGGAGGGAACCACUGUCACCCUGUCCUAUAACUGCUCCUCAAGUUCUACAAUUGGAAAAAGAUUCUACUGGGAUCAUCAAACCAGUGCUGGGAAAAUGCCAACAUUCCUUCUAUGGAUGAUAGAUACAGACCUCCAAGAGAAUUGGUCGCCUGCUAUUCUGUUAGGUUAUAUUGAUACAGAGACCAAACGUGCUGAUCUGAAUAACUCCUCUGCUGAAGUGACAUACUCUGCUCUGUACUAA